CAGCAGCGAUCCUCCUCCCUCCAUCAAUCAGCAGCUUCCUACUUCUCCUACCCGGUCACCCACGUCGUCUCAGGCCUGUACCGCCGCUUCACCGACCCUCAAUCCACCAAAAGUAGCAACAACAACAACAACAGCAACAAGGACAGCAGCACGAUGCGCCGCCCUUGGCACUCCAACACCACGCCCACCGACAGAUCAUCCACAACCAACACGCUCUUCACGCCCGUCCGAACCGCCUCCCCCUUCCAACCCCCUCCACUGACCCCUCUAACCCUAACCGACCCCUCCAGCCACCACCCCGACAACAACCAAGAAGACUACCUGCUCACGCGCUCGCUGGCCGAGGAGAUCCGGCUGCUGGUGCCCGCCCGCCUCCAACUGUGCGACACCUGGCGCCUAGCCUAUAGCCUGGAACGCGACGGCGCCUCGCUGUCGACCCUGUACGAGAACUGCCGCGCCAUCUCCCAACGCAGCCCGCGGGCGGGCUACGUCCUGAUCAUCCGCGACGCCUCUCCCUCCCCCUCCACCAUCUCCUCCUCAACCACCACCUCCUCAACAACAACAACAACCUCCACCAAAAAUAAUGGCAGCACCGGCGCCGUCUUCGGCGCCUACAUGACCGACCCCCCGCACCCGGACUCGCACUACUUCGGCACAGGCGAAUGUUUCCUCUGGCGCGCCUCGGUGCUACAGCCGCCCUCGACCGCCCAACUCCUACAGUCGAUGUCCGCGAUCGACCACCACGAAGAAGAUGCCGCAUUGGCCGCGCUCGAACGCGCCGGGCUCCCGUUACCGCCCAGCGCGGACACCACGCACGCCGGGCGGUCGACCACCCUGCGGAGCCGGAGUCCCUUGCCUCGUACCAGCGGAAACUUUAGUGGGACGGCGACGCCGGAGCAGAUCCGCUUCAAGGCGUUCCCCUACAGCGGUGUCAAUGAUUAUAUGAUGUUCUGUGAGACGGGGUUUCUGAGUCUUGGUGGGGGGGAUGGGCAUUACGGGCUCUGGGUGGACUCGAGCUUGGAGAAAGGCGUCAGUGCCGCGUCCCAGACUUUUGGCAAUGAGCCGCUCUCGGAUGAAGGCGUCAAGUUCGAUAUCCUCGGGGUGGAGGUUUGGUAUGUCGGUUCUUAG